ACAGCGCACUUGUUUGAAUGGCGGAAGAGGAGAGGCGUAUGGUGGAGUAAAGUAAAUAGUAACGUCUGCUGUUUUGCACUAUUGGAAAACUCGGUAGCUGAUAACGGAAACACCAAUUGAGCGGGGAAACGAUGGAACAGCAGGAGCAGGUAGAAUGGGACGAUGUGAAUAAACUUUUGCAGCAUCAUGGUUUCAAGCCAGUGUAUUUUGCGGAUCCCGUAGAGAAUAAGACCCUUUCGGAUUUGGUUCUGCUGGACAAGAAGUCAGCUGGUGAGAUCAGGAUGACUCUGAGGACGAUGCUCACAGACUCAGAGAGAAGACAGACUCUCAUCCAGGAGCUCAUCAAGUCCAACAACCAACUCAAAGAGGAGGCUCAUGAGCACGUGAACCGAGCGGCUCAGCAGUCUCAGAGGGCCACGGAGCUGGAGGGGCUGCUGGACGUGGUGAAGACUCGAGUCCAGGACCUGGAGGACCGCUACCUCGGCAAGGCCGUCGAACAGCACGGCCACACACAAAGACUGCAGCAGGAAAAACAAGAAGCACAGAAACUGUGUCAGGCUCUGGAGCAGAGGCUGUCCAAGCAGAGGGAGGAAGCAGCUCAGCUUCAGAGGAAACUUUAUUUCACCAUCAAAGAAGAAGAGCGACGAUUGGCUCGACAGAGUCAGACCUUCCAGCACAUCUGCAACAAAGUCAGCCAGCAGAACUCCCCUGCAGACCAGCAGGUUCUGGAUGUGAUCGACUUCUAUGAGACUAAAAUGACUCAGCUGCUGGAUGAGCUCAGAUCUGUCAAAGGAGAGCCAGCAGGAAAUCAUGUGGUUCAUCAGACAAGAAUCAAGAAGGCAUCCAGCAAUGUUACUCCGUCUUUUAAAACUAUUCUCAAGGCGUACCAGGAACAGCAAAAGGGAAACAAAAGUCGAAUAGAAGAGCUGCAGAGGGACGUGGAGCGCCUGAAGCAAGAGCUGGAGACGAGGCCGACACUCAAAGAGGUGAAGUUCUACAAACACAAACUCCGCCGAUUGGAAGCGUUGAACGCACACAGUAACACAAGAUUGCAUAAAGAGGACAACGAGACAGAUAUCAGUGAGAACAUCAGUGAGCCAGUGAGGGAAGCCAGUCUGCGUGCCCACUAUCACAAUCUGUUGAAUGAGAUCAGUGCUGUUGUGACCAAUCCCAGUGCUCCGUUUCGACUGCACAGACAGAAGAACCCGUCUGUCGGCCCGGCUGACUUUCAGACCCUCCUCCCCACACUGGAGGUCUGGGCCCAGCAGCUCCACCUACUGAAGGAUCUGCAAAAGGGUUUAAAUAAACUGAGCGGCAGACUGACGCCCUGGCAGCCGUCUGAUGUCGGCCAUAAUGAUGCAGAAGUGGUGAAGGUGGAGGACAUGAUGCUGCUGGUGGACACCAUGCUGGAAAACACCUCAACUGACAGUGAGAAGGUACUCAGGAGUCCCACUCGAUACACUCUGGCCUCCAUGGUGUCUCACUUCCAGAAGCUGUUUGACGUGACCUCGCUCAGCGGAGUGUACCCACGUAUGAACGAGGUCUACACCCGGCUGGGGGAGAUGACCAACACCAUGAGGAACCUCCGAGAUGUUCUGGACCUAGACAGCAGGGCUCCUUCUGCCGAGGUGGUGAACCACGUGGCCAGACUGGUUUCCUCCACUGAGCACACUGCUGGAUUCCAUAGUCUGCUGGGAGAUGCUGACAUUGACAGUAUCAUCGUCAAAGUGAAGCAGCACGAGGAGUUCUUCCCUGCUUUCCAUGCUCUCAUCACGGACAUUUUACAGACUCUAGGAGUAAGUCACCUGGACGACAUCCUUCCAGCUGUGAAGUCUUUGAAACAAACAGCACGGUGACACACUGACUGAUCUGAGGGCUGUGCUUUGUUCUAUGUAAUAAUUGUGGAGUGAUUUUUGUUUUUAAUAAAAAACUGUUUGAUAAAUGAUUCACAAUGAAUAUCUGCAUUAAUGCUGGAGAAUAAACAACAAGACGGGAGCAUACUUAAUUACAUAUUUUAUUAAAGUUACCUACUGCAGAUUUCAGAUUUAGCACAGGUAUGGGUGUUGAUGACUAAAAUUCUCA